GGUAAUCCCGAGCCGGCUGCGGGGCCGCCACCCUCUGUCCGAUCCAGCUCGAGCCUGUCCUGCGAGGCCCGCCCGGCAUGUCCCCUCGGCGCCCCGUCCUACCUGGGCCAACCCCCGCCGAGAGAAGUGGCCUGGACACUGGGUGUUCAUAGGAAUGGAAGCACUGUUUCCUUGCCAGAUUCCUUAUCGCUAUAUCUCAUGAACCUACCUAAUCCUGGGGAAGAGCCUGCGUCUAAUGAUGGCAAACCUGUCACCGGUGUAGCAACAACAGUCUGAGGGGAAAAAAACAAAAAUAAAGAAGCAUUUAAGUUUAUAUUCAAAAAAGAAGUCAUUUCAACCAGCAACUUCUGUUGCACUAUUUUUCCAAGAUGAACCGAUACACAACCAUGAAACAGUUGGGGGACGGCACUUACGGGAGUGUGCUGAUGGGCAAGAGUAACGAAUCUGGGGAGCUGGUGGCCAUCAAAAGAAUGAAGAGAAAGUUCUAUUCCUGGGAUGAAUGUAUGAACUUGAGAGAAGUUAAGUCUCUGAAGAAACUUAAUCAUGCCAAUGUGAUUAAACUAAAAGAAGUUAUCAGAGAAAAUGACCAUCUCUAUUUUAUAUUUGAAUAUAUGAAAGAAAACCUCUAUCAAUUAAUGAAAGACAGAAACAAGCUGUUCCCUGAGUCAGUCAUCAGAAAUAUUAUGUAUCAAAUAUUGCAGGGGCUGGCAUUUAUCCAUAAACAUGGUUUUUUUCAUAGGGAUAUGAAACCAGAAAACUUGCUUUGUAUGGGUCCAGAACUUAUAAAAAUCGCUGAUUUUGGACUUGCCAGAGAAUUAAGAUCACAGCCACCAUAUACUGAUUAUGUAUCUACCAGAUGGUAUCGUGCCCCUGAAGUUUUAUUAAGAUCUUCAGUUUAUAGCUCUCCCAUUGAUGUGUGGGCUGUUGGGAGCAUAAUGGCUGAACUAUAUACAUUAAGACCACUUUUCCCAGGGACAAGUGAGGUCGAUGAAAUCUUUAAGAUUUGCCAAGUUUUAGGGACUCCCAAAAAAAGUGACUGGCCAGAAGGGUACCAGCUUGCAUCCUCUAUGAACUUCCGUUUUCCCCAGUGUGUUCCUAUAAACUUAAAAACUCUUAUUCCCAAUGCCAGUAAUGAAGCUAUUCAGCUUAUGACUGAAAUGUUGAAUUGGGAUCCAAAGAAGCGACCAACAGCAAGUCAGGCAUUGAAACACCCGUAUUUUCAAGUUGGUCAAGUAUUAGGCCCUUCCUCACAUCAUCUGGAAUCGAAACAAUCUUUAAAUAAGCAGGUGCAACCACUAGAAUCAAAGCCACCUUUAGGGGAUCUAGAAUCUAAGCCUCUGCUGGACAUAAACGAUCAGACGGUCAGACAGCCCCAGUCGAAAAACCGCCACCAGCCACUGCAGUCCAUCCAGCCUCCACAGAACACGAGUGUCCAGCCAGCGCCAAAGCAGCUGGGUCAACAGAAAGAGCCACAAACACUGUUUCCAAGUAUCGUCAGAAACAUGCCAACCAAGCCAAAUGGCACACUGGGUCAUAAAAGUUCAAGGAGGCGUUGGGGUCAGACUGUGUUCAAGUCUGGAGAUAGCUCGGAAGAGUUUGAGGACUGUGAUCUUGGAGCCUCCCAUUCCAAGAAGCCAAGCAUGAGUGUAUUCAAAGAAAAGAGGAAAAAAGAUUCUCCAUUUCGGCUUCCAGAAUCCGUACCCUCAGGCUCCAACCACUCGGCAGCAGGGGAAAACAAGAGCUUACCUGCUGCUUUUUCCCUAAAAUCUGAUUCUGAACUGUCAACUGCCUCAACAGCCAAACAGUACUACUUGAAGCAAUCAAGAUACCUUCCAGGUGUAAAUCCCAAGACUGUGUCCUUGGUAGCCAGUGGAAAGGAUAUAAACCCAUAUACAUGGAGUAAUCAGUUAUUUCCUAAGUCAUUGGGACCCAUGGGGGCAGAACUUGCUUUCAAAAGGAGUAACGCAGGAAAUCUUGGAAGUUAUGCUACUUACAACCAGUCAGGAUAUAUUCCUUCCUUUCUCAAAAAAGAAGUGGGGUCAGCUGGCCAGAGGAUACACUUCGCGCCGCUCGGUGCAACCACCUCAGAGUAUACCUGGAACACAAAACCUGGUCGGGGUCAGUUUUCAGGACCUACUUACAAACCUACAGCCAAGAAUCUAAACAUCAUGAACCGUGCACAGCCAGUUCAUUCGGUGCAUGGAAGGACAGACUGGGUGGCCAAGUACGGCGGCCACCGGUAGGAGUCUCAUGUGAAGCCCCACAGCAUUGCUCCAUGGAAUCCAUGCAAGUCCCCUGACCCUGGAAAAUGUCUACAGAUGUCUAUUUCUACUGAGUUCUGGAAGAAAUAUGCAGUAGUAGGUACUCUGAAGAGCAAAAACCAUCCCCUAUUUUCUUUUCUAGAAAUGAAAUGCAUUUUCUUAGCAUCAAUUGCCCACAGUGCUGAUAUAUGGGUAGGACUUUACAAAGUUUUGAAUAAAUUAUUUGCCAAAGUAUCAAGUAUUUGAUCUACAAAUUAAGUUACUAAGUAUGAUAAGAAUCUUUUUUUAAAAAGGCCUUCAGAAAGUGUUUUAAGAGUGUUUUAGUUUUCAUCUGUUAUUUGCAAAAUUAAUUUAACAUUUCAUCAGUUGGCCUCAAAGGUUUGUUUUUUAUAGCAAUUAGGCAGACUUCUGUCAGCUGUCAGUUACAGUUCUUAUUUGGCUAAGGCUCUACCCUACCAGUUUGGCAAUGGCAAAAGAUGCUCAUGUGUCAUAUGCUUUUCUACUUUGAAAUUAUGGAAGCGACGGUAAUUCCAUCUUAAGCAGGAUAUCUUUCUUAGGAAUAAAUUUAACAUAAAGAUCUCAAUAUUAUGUCACCCAAUUUUAGUGGAGAGUCUGUUGUUUGAUUUUGACCAACAUAACUCCCGUGAAUUCAUGGUGACUGUCAAACCCAAUGGCCUGAAGACUCCUAAAUCAACCAAGUCAAGGUUCUCUCAUCUUCACAUCAUUAAGAAAGAUCUUGAAACUGUGACAUGUGUUCAUCAGACUUCCAGAAUACUUUGCUUCCAUGUUCCUACUAGACACAAAAAUGAGGCAUGCCAGCUUGUCCCCCAAAGCAAACUCUUGCUGCUGCAGAUCACUGACCUGGCUCUGACCUUGACAUUUACUCUGAAGAGCAAAUGCAUUCAGUUGCUAUAGCAGUGAUUUCACUUAGUACAAUUUCUUUUGUUUUAAUUUCUAAACUGGUACUUAAAAUAUUUUGACAUUUUGAACUUGGGACUACUCUAUUUAAACCUGCCACUUUAUGGACUGGACAUUAGUACCAUAUAUUCUUUUUCAAAGAAUAAUAAUGUUAUCAACUGCUAUUUUUAUGUAUUUUCUGACUUUGUAACAAAUGCUAACGUAAUUGGUGGACAUCUUGUAUCUUGUGGACAUUAUCCAAAGACACCAUAAAAUGAUAGUAAUAUGGUAUUUUUGUAUAGAAAAUUCAGCUCACCUUGUUGAAAAAUUUUAAAAUCUGAAGUUAUUUAUGUUGAUGGUAAUAGUUAUAUAUAUUUGUACAGUUUUCAUUAAUGUCUUAAAGCUAAAAAAUUAUUUUGUGUUGCUAGGAAGCUUUUAUACUUCUCAACAGAUAUUAAAAUAAAUAUGGUUAAUUGGUGUGUUUUAUACUUUUAAACUUUAUAUUUAUACUGAGGGCUAUUUGUCGUUUUCAUUAUAGACUUUUGUUUUUCUAGCAGUUUUAGGUUUAUGGGAAAAUUCACUGGAAAAGUACAGAGUUUCCAUAUACCCCUCUUCAGACCCCUUCCCCAAUUUUCCCUAUUAUUAACAUCUUGCACUAGAGUAGGAUACUUGCUGUAACUGAUGAGCCAGUAUCAAUACAACUUUAGUCCAUAGUUUACACAUUAGGGUUCAUGCUUUGUGUUGUUUAUUCUGUGGGUUUAACAAAAUACAUAAGGGCAUGUAUCCACCAUUACAGUAUCCUAGAGAUUAGUUUCACUGCCCUAAAAAUCCUGUAUUCUACCC